UUUGUAUCUCGUUCUAACCCGAAGGACAGUUCUCAACAUGUAAUUCUGGGCAUGCAGCAGUUCAAGCCGACUGAAUUUGCUACACAAAUCAGUUUAAACAUGGAUAAUGCUUUAGGCAUUCUGCGUUGUGUCAUCGAUUUUUUCAUGAAGCAGGAAGACGGAAAAUACCUCUUACUCAAAGAUCCAAACAAGGUGGGUGUUCUAAAAUCUAAGAUAACUUAUCAUGACGCACCAUCUAAAGCAAAUGGGCAGCAGUCAUUACACUUAAAUUGA